AUUUUCUAGUGAAAGAGUAUAGUUUUAGCAUGACCUCAAAGCUCAAUUACUUCACCAAAAAGUUAGGGGCACAACAUCACUCACUCUGUUGAUGCUUCAUAAGAAUUAACUUUCAAAAUUUCAAAUGUUGAGCAAAAUUUUGAAUUCAAGUUUAUGCCACUCUCAAUUCCUUCCAAGACCCUUUCCCUUCACUCAUCCUUGAUCAAGAAGAAAAUGGUCACCAUGGUGCCUUCUAUAUCUACAACCCACCUCCCUCAACUGACCCACCUUCACUCCUCUCCACAAACCAACUUGCCACUCUCUUCCUUUGAAAGCUGUAAAUCAAUGGACCAACUCAAGCAAAUUCACUCACAAGCAAUCCAAAAAGGCCUAGCCUCUGACCCCUUUGUGCAUUCUAAGAUCAUUGCUUUCUGUUGCAAACACGAGUUGGGCUGUAUGAACUACGCCCGCUACGUGUUCGACACAAUUCCACAACCAAACCUUUUCAUUUGGAAUACAAUGAUCAGAGGAUAUUCGAGAAUAAAAUUUCCUAAAUGUGCAGUUUCGAUGUAUGUUGAAAUGCUGGAAAAGAAUGUCAAGCCGGAUCACUACACGUUUCCUUUUUUGCUUAAAGGGUUUACAAGUGACGUUGCAUUACAAUUUGGGAAAAUGAUUCAUGCUCAUGUAUGGAAGUUUGGGUUCGAUUCUAACCUGUUUGUCCAAAAUGCUAUGAUACAUAUGUAUUGUUUGUGUGGUGAAAUUGAUAUUGCUCGCGGAAUUUUUGAUAUGAGCUCAAAAAUUGAUGUGGUUACUUGGAAUGCUAUGAUCUCUGGGUACAACAGAAGUAAGCUAUUUGAUGAAUCUAGGAAACUUUUCGAUGCAAUGGAGAAGAAAGGAGUUUUACCCACUUCGGUUACGCUUGUUUUGGUGCUAUCAGCGUCCUCAAAAUUGAAGAAUCUAGAAACCGGCAGACAGGUUCAUCAAUAUGUUGUAAGUGGAAAGGUUGAAACUAACUUUAUAUUGGAAAACGCUUUAAUUGACAUGUAUGCAGUUUGUGGAGCAGUGGGCAUGGCACUUGGGAUAUUUCAGAGUAUGAAAGAGAGAGAUGUGAUAUCUUGGACAGCAAUUGUGAAAGGGUUUGCCUAUUCUGGACAAGUUGAUCUAGCUCGAAAGUAUUUUGAUCAGAUGCCUGAAAGGGAUUCUGUCUCUUGGACAGCCAUGAUUGAUGGGUACCUCCGGUUGAACCAAUUUAAAGAGGUUCUGAUGCUUUUUCGCAAGAUGCAAAGCGCGAAGGUAGAACCCGAUGAGUUCACAAUGGUGAGCAUUCUCACAGCUUGUGCACAUUUGGGUGCCCUUGAAUUGGGGGAAUGGGUAAAGGCUUACAUAGAAAAAAACCAGGUCAAGAAUGAUAUUUAUGUAACAAAUGCUCUGAUUGACAUGUACUUCAAAUGUGGGAAUGUAGAGAAGGCAGUGAGAGUAUUCGACAAAAUGGCUCGAAAGGACAAAUUCACGUGGACGGCCAUGAUUGUUGGCCUUGCCAUUAAUGGCCAUGGAAAAGAAGCUCUCGACAUGCUCUCUGAUAUGCUUAGAGCUCAAAUCACACCUGACGAGGUAACCUAUAUUGGUGUUCUUUGUGCUUGUACUCACACUUGUAUGGUUGAUGAGGGAAGGAAGUUAUUCUGUAGCAUGACUAUGGAACACGGGGUUGAGCCCAACGUAGCACAUUAUGGGUGCAUGGUUGAUCUCCUUGGUCGAGCUGGGCAUCUAAGAGAAGCUCAUGAGUUUAUAGAGAACAUGCCAAUGAAACCAAAUUCAAUUGUCUGGGGAGCUCUUCUCGGCGCUAGUAGAGUUCAUAAAAAUGUAGAGAUGGCUGAAAUGGCAGCUAAACAACUUCUUCAAUUGGAGCCUGAAAAUGGUGCUGUAUAUGUUCUCUUAUGCAAUAUCUACGCAGCGUGCAAUAGAGGGGAGAAGUCACGUGAAGUAAGAAAAAUGAUGAUGGAUCGGGGAAUUAAGAAGACACCGGGUUGCAGUUUGAUAGAGAUGAAUGGUAUAGUUCAUGAAUUUAUGGCUGGGGACCAAUCACAUCCUCAAUCUGAAGAAAUCUACUUGAAGGUAGAGGAAAUGAUAGAGGAUUUGAAAUUUGCCGGGUAUUUACCUGACACUUCAGAGAUGUCCCUUGACAUAGGAGAAGAGGAGAGAGAGAAUGCACUUCAUCGGCAUAGUGAAAAAUUAGCUAUUGCCUUCGGGCUGAUUAGUUCAGAACCUGGGGUCACAAUUAGGAUUGUGAAGAACCUAAGAAUAUGUGUGGAUUGUCACCAUGUAGCAAAGUUAGUAUCAAGAAUGUAUAAUAGGGAAGUGAUUGUAAGAGAUAAAACCCGGUUCCACCAUUUCAGAAAUGGUUCAUGCUCUUGUAAAGAUUAUUGGUGACAGAUAAUAAUUAGUAAUUUCAUGUUUUCCAA